GCUCAGUUGCUACUACAGUGGCGUUUGUUUCCACAUUUCGCCUCAUCUUUGCCGGAUCCAGCAGCAUCUCCUCAAGGGUUCUUCGUCACAGUUGAACUCGAGAAGCAAAGCUAUUGUGAUCUUAAAGUUGCCAAUAAAACAGAGCAUUAUGUUGCUUUCAAGGUGAAAACAACAUCUCCAAAGAAGUAUUUUGUAAGACCCAACACUGGUGUCAUACAGCCAUGGGACUCCUGCAUCAUUAGAGAUAUGCAGUGCAAAGACAAGUUUCUCCUUCAGAGUACCAUUGUACCUCCACACACUGAUGUGGAUGAACUUCCACAGGACACAGCAAUUUACAAGGACAGCGGGAAAACAUUAACAGAGUGUAAGCUCAAGGUCUCGUAUAUUACUCCGUCUACAACUCAAAGAUCCUCUGAAUCUGGAGCAACCAAUGGCGACGGAAAUGGCUCUGAAACCAUCACUGUUUAUGCGCUUACCGGCGGCGUUGCACCUCUUUUGCCUUCAAUUGAUGUUACCACAGCUAAAGCGCCGUCCUCCGGCAGAUGAGAAGGUCAAAUUUAAGGGCUUUUGAGACUUUAUCUUCUUGUUUUAUGACUUUGCCUGUUUUUGAGUUUCGGCAUGAUGGUUAUGUUACUAUGCUAAGCGCCCUUCUUUCAGGUCGUUUGGCAAUGGCUUCCCUUCACAAAGAUGAUUUACAGCUUUUACCAUUGGAGUGGUUAAUGGUGUUCCACCAACAGGUGAUUAUUCGUUUGCCAAAUACAACGGGUCAGUUGAUAUCUCUCUCCAUCAUCUAGUUCUCAACUUCCCUGCAACUGCUACUAUGGCAGAUUAUGCAAUCUAUCCUUGCGUGUUAUCUGAAGAGAACAUCUCUCUAAAAAGCUUAGACAUCAGGAGAAGAUAGAUGCUGAGGUUCUUGCUGAGGCUAAAAGAAUCACAGAGAUGCGUUUAGCUGCACGUCGUGCGGAAGGAGACUGAUGUGUCCGCGAAUGAGAAUAUUGGUAGCUGAUGGGGUAGUUCCAGGGCGUAGUGUAUCUUCAUCAUCUAGUUCUCAACUCCCUGCAACUGCUGUGGAUCCAUCAACUGCUACUAUGGCAGAUUAUGCCUCUACCCUUGCUUCUCUGCGCAUGCUUCAUGUAUACUUGAGAGCCUAUGGACUUGAGCAAAUGGUCCAAGCUGCAAGCUCUGCUGUUGGUCUUCGAACGAUUCAAGCAAGACCUCGGGGCUUGUUUGAAGUUCCUGUCUAUGCCUGAAGGUACAUGGUACUGCUCGAGCUCUCUAAAGCUCCAGCAAGCGAAAUUGGUGUCUGUGCCUUCUGCAGGUUGGUCGCAUUCCCCUAGUCAACUUUCUCGGCUGUGAAAAAUGUGAAUACAUGUGCAAAACCACUGCGAUAGGCACUUUUGAUUACUCUUCAGGACCUGAUAAACUCUGAUCAUACAAUACCUAUGUUUGACAUCGGAAUAUUUGAUGAUAGGACUGUUAUUCUCUGUGAGCAGGUUCCUCUAAUCUCUCUUGUGAUUAUAUAUCUCAGAGCACCAUUUGACCAACAUGCCUUUCAGGUUAGUGAUUAGUUUAAACUCUUCGUCUCAUCACUUGC